UAUACUUCAUUGAAUUCAUCAACAAUGGCCGGCAGGAGAUCUCUUUCUGGUUUUCUUUUUCUGGCUCUCAUUUUAGUUAACAAUGAUGGCUGCCAAGCACAAGAUGAUAUUGACAUCUAUGAACUGAAGAGGGGAAAUUUCUCUGUGAAGAUCACAAAUUAUGGUGCAACUGUGGUCUCUGUUUUUCUUCCUGAUAAAAAUGGGAAAUUAGAUGAUGUUGUUCUCGGAUUUGAUUCAGUGGAAAACUAUAAGAAUGAUUCAACCUACUUUGGAGCCAUUGUUGGACGAGUAGCUAAUAGAAUUGGAGGCGCUCAAUUUUCUUUGAAUGGAACCCUUUAUCAAUUAGUAGCUAAUGAAGGAAAGAACAUACUCCAUGGUGGACCAAAGGGAUUUAGUGAGGUUGUCUGGUCUGUCAAUGAAUUCAAAGAAGAUAGUCAUGUAAAACUGACCUAUCAAAGCUUUGAUGGUGAAGAAGGGUUUCCGGGCGAUGUUUCAGUCUCGGUGACAUACAUGCUGAUGCAGACAAACAAGUUAGCCCUAAAAAUGGAAGCCAAAGCUCUCAACAAGGCAACUCCAGUUAGCCUAGCGUCCCACACUUACUGGAAUCUUCGCGGCCACGACAGCGGCGAUAUUCUUUCUCACAAUGUCCAAAUCUACGGCUCUCAAAUAACUCCGGUCGACGAUGAACUAAUCCCUACCGGUAAAAUUGUGCCGGUGGAAGGAACACCAUACGAUUUCAUGCAAUCUCAUGAGAUAGGGAGCAUGUUCGAUGAGCUACCAAAUGGAUAUGACAUCAACUAUGUGUUAGAUAAUUUGAAGCCGGGGCAUUUGAAGAAGGCGGCGGUGGUGCGCGACGGUGUUUCGGGGAGGAGGUUGGAGCUUUGGACCAACGCGCCAGGGCUGCAGUUCUAUACAAGUAACAAGUUGGGUACUGUGGAGGGGAAAGGUGGUUUUACAUACAGCAAUCAUGCAGCAAUUUGUUUGGAGUCACAAGGGUUUCCUGAUUCAGUCAAUCAUCCAAAUUUCCCAUCACAGACUUUGAAUCCAGGAGAAACAUAUGAGCACAUUAUGGUUUAUAGAUUCACAGCCAAUUAGAGAUGGAAGCAGGAAGGAAGUUUUACAAGUUUUAGGGUUUCUUUUGUUUUUGAUGUUCUUCACCUUAGCAUUGCCUGAUGAAUAAGUUAAUUAAUUAAUGGUUGAUUUAUUGAACUAU